AUGCUAAAUUUUAUUAAACAUCAAUAAACAACGUUUAUAAAAGUGCCAACAAAAUUUAUGUUUGAAAUAGUAAAGAAUGUAGAUGCUUAUUACUAAUUUUUGCCAGGAUGCUCUUAAAGUAAGACUUUCAAUCAUAAAUCUAAUUAUUUCGAAGGAGAAUUAGAAGUUGAUUAUAAACUAUUUAAAUCUUCUUAUAUUUCCAAAGUUUUUAUUCAAUAACAUCCUUAAUUUUAUACAAUUACUUCUAUAUCAGAAAAUAAUGCUGUAUUUAAAAUGCUUAAAAGUAUUUGGGAAUUAAAAGGAGAUGAAAAAUAGUGUUAAGCAAAUUAUAGUAUAGAAUUUUAGUUUAAAAACCCUUUAUUUUAACAUGCUUCAUCUUUAUUCUUGAAAGAAAUCGUAAAUUCAACAAGCAAUGCUUUUGAGCAACGAGCAUAUACAAUGUUUUAGGAACAAUAAAAAAAUUAAUCUCAUUAAGAAAAUAGAGAUGGAAAUACUCAUAUAGAUUCUGAGAAGAAUAGAAACUAAGACCCUUUAAAUAGAUUAAUAUCAAAAAAGUUAAUUGAUGAAUAAUAAUUAAAUCUAGUUUUAAGGAAUUAAGAAAUAUUGAAUUUGAUUAAAUAAAUGCAAAAUCUAUACUAAGAUCAAAAUUAAGCAGAUUAGAAAUGUGUUGAAUUUAUAAAAGAGUACUUGCUCUUAUAAUAGUUUAAAAUUUGA